CUAUUGCCACUUCGUCAUUUUUUCAGUCGCCAUUGUUCUCGUUCUCGGCUGUCGAAUUUGUGGAAAUUAUCGAAUUUCCCUGAAAUUCGUCGCAUUAAACACAAUAGAAGUUAUAAAAACAAACAAUUUUGGGAGUAUACAGUCCACAGUGCGUGUUAAUUGUGCUCAAGUGAAGAAACAAGAGGUCACCAAUCGAAAUUAGAGACUCCGAAAGACUCCGUCAGUUAACGAACAGCUAAGCGAAAUCGAAUAUUUGUUCGUGGCAAAAAUACAAAUUUGAACAAAAGCCAAUAGAAAAAUGUCAUCUAUGAAUCCAGAAUACGAUUAUCUUUUCAAACUGCUGUUGAUCGGCGACUCUGGAGUUGGAAAGUCCUGUCUGCUGCUUCGAUUUGCCGACGACACAUAUACAGAGAGCUAUAUCAGCACAAUUGGUGUGGACUUUAAAAUCAGAACUAUUGAAUUGGAUGGCAAAACGAUUAAAUUGCAGAUUUGGGAUACUGCUGGGCAGGAGCGCUUCCGCACCAUCACCUCAUCAUACUAUCGUGGCGCACACGGCAUUAUUGUAGUUUACGAUUGCACGGAUCAGGAGUCCUUCAACAAUGUUAAGCAGUGGUUGGAGGAAAUCGAGCGAUAUGCAUGCGAAAAUGUCAAUAAAUUGUUGGUCGGCAACAAGAGUGACUUGACCACCAAGAAAGUUGUCGAUCAUACCACAGCUGCGGAGUACGCAAAUCAGUUAGGCAUUCCAUUCCUUGAAACUUCGGCCAAGAGUGCCACCAACGUAGAGCAGGCAUUCAUGACGAUGGCGGCAGAGAUCAAGAAUCGCGUUGGGCCGCCGUCGAGCGCCACCGAUAAUGCUAGCAAAGUUAAAAUCGAUCAGGGACGUCCAGUGGAAAAUACCAAAUCUGGUUGCUGCUGAAUAACUCUGAUUGUGAAUCAUUAUUUUAUUAUACAAUUAAACAAAAUUUAAAUAUAAUAAAUUAAAACGAUAAAAAAAAAACAAACAGAAACAACCACAAGAAUAAAACAAGAAAACCAUAAUUAUAAAUUUGAAUUAUGUAAUAACAAUAAUGAUGAUAAUAUCGAAGAGUAUGAGAUAAUGAUGACCUUUGUAUGAUGCGAAUGAUCGAUCGCAAACCCAGUUCAACUAAAUGAACACGUACACAAUUUAAGCAUAUACAUACAUACACAUGUAAUAGGCAUCCAAGAAACACAGGAAACUAAUAUGUACUAUCCUUCUGUCUUUCUGUUUUCAAUAGUUCUGUUCAUACUUAAGUAGUGCAAAGCAAAACAAUGGUGUAGUAAUAAACUUAAUCUAAAUCUAACCUAACAUAAGAGUUACUUACCACAGCAGCGCGAAACGAUACCGAUACCGUUUACUAUUAAAACUUACAUACAAUAUGCAUAAAAACCAAUAAAACAAAAUAAAAACUGCGUUUAUUAUAGCCAUCUUGCUCCUGGGCGAACGCACAGAACAGAACCGAAUUGUAUAACUUGCUGUGUCUGCUGCUAUUUAUACUACAUACGUGUACGUACUACUAUAUAAGUACAUAUAUAUUUAUUUCAAUUACCAGUCAACAAUACCAUUCACAAAUCAUAUUAUCUCCAAGAAAAAUGCUCGCCACUUGUCUGAAUAUUGUAAUUAUUAUGUAAAUCAAAAACAUUAACAUUUUUUAAAAGUAACGACAAGAAAUUGGUGUGUUUUUGCAUUCAGAAAGAAAGAGAGACGCGUAGAAUUCGUUUAGGCACAUAAUUAGUGUAAUUUUGAUGGCAAUGAUGGGACGUUUAAUAAAAAUUUCAUGAACAUAAGUAA